CUGACAACAUAGAAAAACCCUGCUGAACUGCUCCCUAAUUAUUAUUUGUGCUUUUAAUGCAAUUUUAACAAAAAGUUUAACGGAACAAAGUUCAAUUAUGCGCAAAUUUUCUAAUAUUUCUCCCAUUUCUCCAUUUCAGCUGUCUGUGUGAAUAAUUACUGAAAACAUAAUAAAAUUUUGAACUUUUUCGAUGAAUCAAUUGUCUAUGUUUUUUGUUUACAUUAACCUAACCUCAUCUUUUGUGUGUGUUGUUUUUCCCGGCGCAUUUUUCCAAGAGGCGUUCCUGUGAGAUUUCCCUAGACAAUUUCACCAUGGAGCACUCUGUCCCAUCGCACUUUAUCAAUUUCAAUGAUCAGAUCUCCUGCUUCGACCUCUCCAGCCACGACUGGUCGCAGAAUCUCUGCUGUGUGGCGCUGUCCAAUCGCAUCAUCGUGGGAAUCAUCCGGCUGCCUGAAGAGUCUCACUCUGACCACUUCGAGUGGCAGGUGCUAAAGGAGAUCCACCACGAGUCGCGCUGCUCCAGUCUGGCCAUUGCCCCUGAGACGUCCCUCUCCAUCAGCCCGAAGAACGUCGUGAUUGCCUCGGCGGGAGCGGAUUUCAACGUCCGCGUGCUGCAGACCGACCUGGAGGACAAUCACUGCAUCCGCGUGCUGAAGGGUCACAGCAGUUACAUCAACAGCAUCGCAUGGGAGCCAGAGGGAGAGUUCCUGGCCUCGACAGGCGAUGACUACUCGUGCAUCUUGUGGGACUGCCGCAAAGUCUUUGAGAUCUCCACGAGAUUCUUCCUCACCGCCGCCGGGAUGAGCGUCAAGUGGCACCCCGAGGCCAAGGACAAGCUCAUGGUGGCCGCCAAGAAUGGCAUCAUCAGCAUGUACAGCGUGAAGUCCGACCAGGUCGUGCUGACCAUCGAGGCGCCCAAAUCUCCGCUGAUGAGCGCCGACUGGUCCAGCCGCAAUCGUCACUGCAUCGUGGCGCUGGCGGGCGGGGAACUGUUCGUGUGGGACCUGCGGAAGCCCAGCCGGCCUGUCAACACCAAGCCACUGCACGAGGACGGCGGCUUGGCCGUGAAGAUCUGCCCGGCGAACGAGAGCCUCACCGCCAGCAUCGGUCGCCCGGAUCUCACGCUCAAGGUGAUUCACGCCAAGGCGCAGCUGCCGCAGAUCACGGCGCCGCUCAAGCUCUUCGGCGGCCUCUCGUGGCUCAGCCGCCACGUGGCCGCGGCCUACGACCGGAAGCUCUGCCUGUGGAACGUCCUGACCAAGUGA